AUGGACGAGCCAGCGUGCAAGAAGUUAAAAGUCGAUUCUGUGCCUUGCUCAGAUUUUGAAUCUGGGGAUGGAUUGGAUGGACUUAGUGAGCUUGAAAAGUUAGAACCAUUACCCCAGUCGGCACAUAUCGGAGGUGAUAUACCGACCACAUCGCAGUCAUCUAUGACUGCUCCUAUGGCACCGGCCGGGUACGGCCAAGCCGGCGGAGGACAAGCGGGUGGACAACAGUCACAAAGUGGCGGUCAACAACAAUCAGUUUUACAGGAGCUAUUAAUGACCCAGACGCAAGGUCCUGCUGCGAAUAAUUCACCACGGCCUGCGUUUUCUGGAGCACCUACUGCAAACAGUUUCAAUACUAGGAGUCCGAUGACUGGUGCCACAAUGAUGUCUCCUCCAAAUGCCAACAUGGCAGGAGCAGGGCGAGGGGCGGGCGGCCCCGGACCCUCUCCCGGAGGUCCUCCAGGUGGUCCUCCUGGAGGCCCGAUGCGAGCACCAGGGCAAGGUCCUCCUGUGAUGUACGACGGCAUGCAAAUGCCUCAGCAAACGCAAUAUGGUCAGCCGAUGAUGACGGGUGGACCCCAGGGCCAAAUGCGUGGUUACCCUGGGCAGUAUGCACCACAGAGUGCUCCUAAUCAAAUACCAUAUCCGGGACAGGGUCGAGGGCAAGCCAUUCCUAGAGGUGGUAUGAUGAAUGGAGCACAUAUGCAACGACCGCCACAAAUGGCUCCUCCUGGCCGACCAGGUAUGCCUCAAAUGAUGCCUGGUAUGAUGCGACAUCCCGGCAUGAUGGAGCAACCUUUUAAUCCGAAUGCACCUUUUCAAGGUCAAAGGCCGGAGCAGUUUAUGGGUGGUCCACCGCCUCAGGGCUUUAUGAACCGACAGCCUUAUCCUGGAAUGAUGCCUGGGCAUCCUGGUCCACCCCAAGGGCCACCGAUAAUGAUGAUGGAUCCGUCACAAUCGAAUGGUCCUCAUCAAAUGAGCAAUCGUCCUCCAGGUGCUACUGCUCCAUCACAGCCACCUCAGGGUAUGCAGAUGCAGAUGCCCAACGGUGGACCACCCUCUGGUCAACAGCAACAUCCACAUUCGAUGCAAGGCGCGCCGGUAUCGCAACCACCUCAACGGACCGGAGGCACACCGUUGACCCCUGGCACUCAAGAUCCUGAGAAGCGGAAACUCAUCCAGCAACAACUUGUUCUACUUUUGCAUGCCCACAAGUGCCAGCAACGAGAAAGAAAUCCCGCUGAAGCUGCAAACGGACGAACACCGUGCAAUCUGCCGCAUUGCAGUACAAUGAAGGAGGUCCUACAACACAUGACUAUAUGCCACAAUGGACGACAAUGCACCUAUGCACAUUGUGCUUCGUCACGGCAGAUCAUAGCCCAUUGGAAGAAUUGUAAUAGAGAUGAUUGUCCCGUAUGUAAACCCUUGAAGAGUAUUCAGAAUCAACCUUCCGCCGCUGGAACACUACAAGACAUGAGCCAACUUCUUGGUCCUGGAUCGGUUGGAGCACCAGGAUCGGCCGGAGGUGUCGGAACAGGAGGUCCACAAUCCGUUGACCCAAUGGCACAGUUUGGCUCGCCUGCACCGGCAUCUAACGCCGGAGCAGCAGCAGCGGCUGCAGCUGCGGGUAGCUCAGCACCACCAAGUAGCACCGUUUCUGGUCCACCUAGUGGCCCUAUGUCUGCUGCGGGAUUGUUGAACGACUAUAAUCCACCCAUGAACGAUCCAUUCCGCUCACCAAAUCCACCCAACAAGCAUGCCGGUCCUGGUUCAGUUGGUGCAGCUUCUGGAGGUCAUCAUGGUAUGAUGGCUCGAGCACCUGGUGACUUCUCAACGAUCAACUUCCCACCUCCUGAUGUACCAAGUCAUGCAAAGGAGUGGCAUCAGCACGUCACUCGUGAUCUUCGCAACCAUCUUGUUGGGAAGUUGGUAAAAGCGAUUUUCCCGUCACCGGAUCCAAACGCGAUACACGACCAAAGAAUCCGUGACCUAAUCAACUAUGCUCGGAAAGUCGAAAUGGAAAUGUUUGAGUCAGCCAAUGACCGGGAAGAAUACUAUCACCUAUUGGCGGAAAAGAUCUAUAAGAUUCAAAAGGACCUCCAGGACAAGAAGAACUCACGGCUUCGUGCCGAUAGCGGAGCUAAUGCAGCAGCAGCAGCGGGAGCAGGAGGACAGCAGCAGUCUGGAGCAAGUGUACCUGCUGGACAAGCGCAGCCAGCUCCAAACAGUGGCUAUUCGGAAUCUAUGAGCUCAAUUCCUGACUUCGAUAUGGAUAUGCCAAAUCCACCAAAUCGAACUGCUGGUUCAACUCCACUUCCGCCGGGCCUUCAGACUCAACAGCAGCAAGCUUCGCAUUCUCAGCAGUCGCAUCAACAGCAUAAUAUGGGUUGGACAGGUGCUACAGGAAGUGGUCCGUUGUCGGCACCGGCGUCAGCAGCUGAUUCGCGACUUCAGCAACAACGUUCACAAGAGCGAAUGGGUGCACAGCAGUCAAACAGCAGCCAUGGAUCGGCAGCUGGAACGCCUUUGGUGAAGAUGGAGGCUAUGGACUCCAAUGAACAGAAUGGUCCGCUAUCCUCGUCAACAAGUGUGUCAUCAACAAAUGGCUUGCCUCCUACGUUGGUGAGAUCGGACUCGAAGGUGAAAGUCGAAGAAGGAUGCUCAGCUGCUCCUGGUCCAUCUACUGGCGCCACGGCAUCAGUCUCGACUACUUCGGCAAAAUCCGCUCCAGCUGUGAAAACUGAAUCGACUUCAUCUCCUAAGAAGGAAGUCGUAAAAAGAGAACCCACGCCUCCCCCUGGAGAAGACACUAUUUUCGAUGCAAACGAGCUGCGGCAUUAUUUACGACCAGUUUGGGAAAAGAUGGAUUGCUCCGAAGAUGCGGUACCGUUCCGAAUGCCAGUGGAUCCUGACUUACUGCAUAUCCCGGAUUAUAAUGAAAUAAUAAAGCAUCCCAUGGAUUUGUCGACAAUCUGUAUGAAGUUAGACAACGGUCGCUAUAAGAAUCCAUGGGAGUUUUGUGAUGAUAUGUGGUUGAUGUUUGAUAACGCAUGGAUGUACAACCGAAAAAAUAGCAAAGUGUACAAAUAUUGCACAAAGUUGAGCGAGAUGUUCGUCACGGAAAUGGAUCAAGUCAUGCAACAAAUGGGUUAUUGUUGUUCAAGAAAAUUGUCAUUUACUCCGUUAGCCUUAUUCUGUUAUGGUGCGUCGAUGUGUACGAUAGCUCGGGAACAGCCAUACUGGGUUUAUGAACAAACAUCCUCACAAUAUGGAGUGACGGUAUCAGAACGCUACACAUACUGUCUCAAAUGUUUCGAUGCAUUGCCGCCAGAAGGCAUUUCGUUGUCGGAAAAUCCUAACGAUCAGUCAAACAUGGCUCCAAAGGACAAAUUUGUACAAAUGAAGAACAACGUGAUCGACUAUGAACCGUUCGAAGUCUGCAAAUACUGUCAUCGAAAAUGGCAUCGAAUUUGUGCCCUUUACGACAAGAAAGUAUUUCCUGAGGGAUUCAUUUGUGACACUUGUCGCAAGGAGAAGAGCUAUCCUAAGCCAGAGAAUCGGUUCAUGGCGAAACGAUUACCGCACAACAAGCUGUCACAGUUCUUGGAGGAUCGAGUAAAUACCUUCUUGAAAAAGGCUCUCCCCAACAAUCCUGAGCAGUAUGAAGUGAUCAUUAGAACGCUAUGCGUCCAGGAUAAGGAGGUUGAAGUGAAGCCGUUGAUGAAGUCUAAAUAUGGCCCUCAAGGCUUCCCGGAUCGGUUCAACUAUCGAACGAAAGCCGUGUUCGCGUUUGAGAUGAUUGACGGCGUAGAGGUGUGCUUCUUUGGGCUUCAUGUUCAAGAAUACGGCAGUAACUGCAAAGAGCCGAAUGCGAGGAGGGUCUACAUCGCAUACUUGGAUUCGGUGCACUUUUUCCAGCCAAGAGAGUUGAGAACGGAGGUCUACCAUGAGAUUCUAUUGGGAUAUCUUGACUACGUAAAGCGGUUAGGAUACACAAUGGCCCAUAUUUGGGCAUGUCCUCCGUCAGAAGGUGAUGACUAUAUCUUCCACUGCCACCCUCCCGAACAGAAAAUUCCAAAGCCUAAGAGAUUGCAGGACUGGUACAAAAAAUUGUUAGAGAAAGGUGUUACCGAGAAGACUGUAGUCGAAUUCAAGGAUAUCUACAAACAGGCUCGCGAUGAUAAUUUGACCACGCCGAUGAGUUUGCCAUACUUCGAAGGCGAUUUCUGGCCAAACGUUAUUGAAGACUGUAUACGAGAGGCUGGAAAUGAAGAGGCUCAACGUCGUAAAGAGGUUGCAGAAGCAGACGAAGAGGACGAUGACAUAUUUCAGUCGGGUGACAAUGGCAAGAAAAAGAGCUCCAAGAACAAGAAAAAUAAUCUGAAAAAGAAUUCGAAGAUGAAUAAGAAGAAACAAGGCAGCUCGACCGGCAAUGAAGUGGCAGACAAGCUUUACUCACAGUUUGAGAAGCACAAAGAGGUGUUCUUCACCAUUCGGCUAGUCACACAACAAUCAGCCUUGUCUCUGCCCGAAAUUGUCGAUCCCGAUCCACUUAUGGCAUCUGACAUGAUGGACGGCAGAGAUACGUUCCUAACGAGAGCUCGGGAUGAACAUUGGGAGUUCAGCUCUUUGAGGAGGGCAAAAUUCUCAACUCUCGCUUUGUGUCACGCACUUCAUGAAUCUGAUGUGAACAAGGACAUGAGUUACACCUGCAACAAGUGCAACAGCUCGAAUGCUAAGUGGCACUGUACCACUUGUGAUGACUUUGAUCUUUGCGAGACAUGUCGCGAAUCCGUCUCACACGAACACCCAAUGGAGCAGAUCAAACCUCUUAUUGGCGCAGAAAGUGGCGAUUCCAGCGGCAACAAUCGCUUCGAGAGCAUUCAACGCUGCAUAUUGUCACUGGUACACGCGUGCCAGUGCAGGGAUGCGAAUUGUCGUCGUGUGUCUUGUCACAAGAUGAAGCGAGUCGUACAACACACGAAGAUGUGCAAGAAGCGAGUGAAUGCCAGUUGUCCAGUGUGCAAGCAGCUCAUCGCCUUGUGCUGCUAUCAUGCAAAGCAUUGUUCUCGAGAUUCUUGUUCGGUACCGUUCUGUAUGAACAUCCGCCAAAAAUUAGCCGAGCAGAAGCGUUCGAUCGCCAGACGUGCCGAUAUGAUGAUGCGAAGACGUAUCGAUGGUCUACAGGCUGUUGCGGGAGGACCAGCUUCGUCCAGCUCUUCGGCUGUUAGCGUUGCGGGAGGAACAUCAGUACCGACUCCACCUCCGGAUAACAAGCCGUUCGCUGGAACUCACAUGAAGGGAGGUAUUCCUGGUCCAAGCCCGCUGACUCAAGUACCGACGAUGUCGUCGAUGUCAUCACAUCCGCAAGCUGGACAACCUCAACAACAGCAGCGAGGAGGAUUUAUGUCAUCAGGAAUGAUGCCACCACAGCAACAACAGCAACAACCACCGAGCGGCAUGUCUCAAAUGGGACAAGGCAUGGGUGGUGGCGGAAUGGGAGGACCCAUGGGUCCAUCAAACAUGUACAGCACGAUGCAACAUCAGCAAGCAACAGCAGCAGCAACAACAACAACAGCAACAAAUGGCUAUGAUGGGAGAGCACCAACGCCGAUGGUCGGCUUUAAUACACCGUCAAUGAUGCAGCCGGGCAUGUCAAUGCAUCCUGGUAUGGGUCAGAUGAGAAACCAAGGCGGCGGAGCACCGAUGCAGCAACAACAACAACAACCACCUCCACAACAACAGCAAGGCAAUCCUGCACUCACGGAUCCAGCCAUGGCGCAGGUGGUGAAUCGAUUCAAGAUGGCUAAGACGGACGAGGAGAAACAGUCGGCUUUCCAAGAGCUGAAGAAGACGCCGCAUCUAUUUGCUGCGUUCAUCAAGAUGAAACCUAACAGUGAGAUGGUAGGAGGUAGCUGGCCAUCAAGCAUGGGGCCGGGUGGUCCACAACCCGGCUACUAUGGCGGUCCGCCUCCUCAAGGAGGUGUUCGAGGAUCUGGUAACCAGUUUGCCCCGAUGGGACCUGGAGGAUGGCAACAACAACAGCAGUACCAUCAACAACGGCAACAACAAGGCCAAUCGCCGGCGAUUUCCGGUCAACAUUUUGGCGUCGGUCAGGGCCGAUCACCAUCAAUGGGUAUGGGUUCGUCACCGAUGUUGCCACCCCAACAGGCCGGUCAACCGGACCAGUCAGGGCAAUUCCGGUGA